UACGCGUCCCCGAGCGUCCGGAGGAGGUCUUGGACGGCGCGUCACGUGCAACGCCGCCCUUUUCGGCGAGAGCCGCCCCCUAUUGGACGAACAGGUGGACAAGACCGCGGCUCGUACCGCGUUCGCGCCCAGACGCACGCUAACUUCUUGGCUGCUGCUGCACACGGUCACCAAGUGCGGGACGUCUGCAGGCUACCCUACAGUCGUGAAGAUGCGGGUGUUCAGCCUAGAGGACCUUCACCAACUGGUGGCCAAUCAGUGCCAGCAGGCCUGUCUACUGGCUGGACUGUGCCAACAAAGACGACCGGGGCAUGCACCUGCCAGUGGGCUGGCAAAGAAACAAAGGCUAAUAAAGGUUCUCAAGUCAAGGCAUCACAGAAGUACUCAUUGCUACCGAGCCAUGUGUUUCUGGUGUCAUAUAUUCCUGUGCGUACUGAGUGCGGUACCAUCGCUGGAGGCGAAAGAGACACCUGAGCGGUUCAGAGAUCACGAGUACUUCCUCCGCAAGCUGUUUGACAAGUACGGGCACGACGGCAAGAUGACCUUCGAGGGCUUUGAGCAUCUUCUUGAAAACCUCGGCCUGGCACACAUCACCAUCCGAGAUCACGACCUGUCAGCGCACCGUCCUCAAGGUGCAAACGUCGGAUUUGUGAAUCAUCAUGCUCACCACGUGCAUGUUGACGGGGUGGGUGCUACCGCUGUUGUGGACGAUCACCAUGACCACCACGACCACGGACAUGGUAGGGACAGUUCGGAUCACAUGCAUGCAUCUGAGGGAGAUCGUCAUGCGAGGGUGCAGAGGGACCUCUCUAGUCAGGAUCACACAGAGGCAGUUGACUCCUCUAAUAGAACAGAAGCUCCCAGUGUGCCAAAGGUUUCAGCCACCACAAGGACAGCAGAAGUCUCAUUUGAAAAGUGCCUCACAGCGACAGAAAUUCUGCACACUGUAGACACAAGUCCUGAGGCGAGUGUCAUAAACCUGAAGGACUUCCAGCAGCUAUGUCCGGCGCUCGUCUAUCAGCUGGAUGAGAAACAUUGUUCCGAGCCACAGUUAAACCGGCACAUCCACCAUCAUAGUGACGGUGAAGAAGAGACAACGGUGGACUUCAAAGUGUGGAUGUACGCCUUCCUGGGCGUGCUCGGCAUCAGUCUGACAGGCCUGCUGAGUGUGGCCAUAGUGCCACUUAUGCAGAAAGUCUUCUACCAAACGCUCAUCCAGUUCCUGGUGGGGCUUGCUGUCGGGAGCCUAACGGGCGAUGCCCUUCUGCACUUGUUGCCCCACGCCAUGUCUGGCCACCACCACGAUCACUCGGAGGAAGGUGGUGACGGAGAGAACUACGUAUGGCACGGCCUCGCUGCGCUGGGAGGCAUUUACCUGUUCCUGAUCGUGGAACGCUUCCUCUCCAUACACUCUAACCACAAGCAUCGCAAGCACAGUCCACGAUCUAACAACAGCAUACAGUCAAACCCAACGCCAAAGAGACUUCAGCGCUCCUCUCAAGAUGACCCGAGCAAAGUUGUGGGAGAGAAGCUGUCUCAACACAAGCAGGGCUCCUACGGCUAUGUGGACCCCUCUGGAAUGGAAGCCCUUGAACGGCUAACAGCAGUUCCAGCUGAAGAACUGGAGCUGUCCCCCCUGGGCGAGAGUUACAUGGAGAUCAUGGACAUUCGCGACUCUGAGCUGCGUCCCAAGGCUGGCAUGGAGGCACAGCCCGAAAAGGACCUCUUGGUCAUAGUCAAGAACGGUGGAUCCAAGCUGCCCACCAACCCAAGGUGUCCGCCAUCUCCUUUGCCACAGGACGAGGAGAACAAUCACAGGCAUCCUAUUUGCCACAGCUCUGGGGACCAACGCACGGAGAAGUGCCACACAGAAACCUUGGUCUAUCGCCAGGCUGGUGAAGAGCACACCUUUAUGCUAACAGUCGCCGAUCACCACCACCACCGCCACAGUCACGCUCAUAGCCAUGAGGUGCCGUCUUCUAUAGCUGCCAUGGCUUGGAUGGUGAUCAUUGGUGAUGGGCUUCACAACUUUUCUGAUGGACUUGCUAUAGGUGCAGCAUUUGCAUCCGGUCUCUCCGGUGGCCUUAGCACAACCAUUGCAGUGUUCUGCCACGAACUUCCACAUGAGCUGGGUGAUUUUGCAGUGCUUCUCAAGGCGGGCAUGUCGGUGAAACAGGCAGUGUUCUACAACAUAGUGUCAUCUGUGCUGUGCCUGUUAGGAAUGGCCAUCGGCAUCUCUCUAGGAAACGUCCACUCGGCCUCUUCGUGGAUUUUCGCUGGUGUUGGUGGCAUGUUCCUUUACAUUGCUCUGGUUGACAUGCUUCCGGAGCUGUCUGUCAACCCUAACCACGGCAAUGCGAGGGCCGUUCACCAGCUUGGAAUUCAGCUGCUUGGCAUAUCGCUGGGAGUGACGACAAUGUUUGUGAUUGCUCUGUAUGAGCGGGACCUUCAAAGACUCAUGAGUUCUUAGUUUCUUACUCUUCACCCGCAAGGCAUCAAUGUGCACCACUGUGGACUUGUCAUUCACCAUUGUCUCCGACUCCUUCAUCAAACGACUUCAUGCUGCUGUUGCAUUCUUCUGGUAGAGGCCUCUUAUAGCUUCAAGAGCAAGUUGUCGGGAAAGGUUUGCCAGAAGGAAGCCCGACCAUGCCUGCAGUUGCUCUCGAGCUCCAUCGGUUGUGGAUAUCCAUUUGUCAGAAGUGUCUGGACAGUCUCCAAGCUAAGCCGGCAUCCUCGAUGCGUGUGUGUGUUGUGCAUGCUGAACAUUGCUGUGUUCAAGAUUAUGGACUAGCUCGCAAAAGGAUACAAAAUAUGGUGCAUAGCAUUAGGAAGAGUCAUGCCUAGGUAAUUUAUGUGUGAUAACAAGCUAUCGUGGUGCGUUUAGCAAUACAGUGAAGACAACUUUGUUUGUUCUGGACUUCCCACCUGCAUGAUCAUAUAAUAUGUGCCUGCUUGUAUCCUUUCCUGCUUUUUGUUAGGUUUUUUUUUUUGCUAUGCACGAACAAUCUUGGUUCACACUUAUUGUUUUAGUGUCCUGUCCUCUCCUACUUUUUAUUGCCUCUGUUGACCGAUGUCAAUUCAUCUUCUAUUUUGGGAAAUUUUCAGAGCCAUAUUCUGUAAAAACCAGAAUGAUCCAUAAGCAAGAUGCUGUGAAAAGACUUUAUGGCAGAGUUUUUCUUCUGCAAUAAUCUUGCAAUCAGAAUAUGAAGUUUGAAUAACUGUUGAUGACAGCUGAGUGGAGUGAGCUGCGCAUUUCCACAAUAUGAACGUUUCUGGUGCACUUAAUUAUUUUGCUGGGUAUGUGCACCAGUACUUCAGUUUUUUCAACACUGCUGUGAAAGAAGCAGCUAAAGUUUUUUCCUACCCCAUUAUGACAUGCCUUAAUUCAUCAAUGUGCUACAUUCUUUUUUUAUCGGAUCUUUCAAUAGUGCAGCUCAUCAUUUUCAUUAAUUUAUGCAGUGUUUGCUGGCAUUUUGUAAAUUACGUUUGUGUGUAGUUUGGGCGCGCUCCCAGCAUGUGUGUGCAAACUGUUCAUACUCAUUGAUUUGCAACUGGUGGCAUUGUUUUUUAGUUUUAUGCAUGCACAGUGGCAAGACGUGCUGGUAGUGUUCCUUUGCUUGUUCCUGUUCUAUUUGGUCUGCUUAGGUGGACGGACUGUGGUUUUACCGUUGUCGUUUGUUGCCCGCUUCUUUUAUUUUGAAUUUUGCCUAUAUUGGGGCAGACAUGAGAGUAAAGCGCGAGUGUUAAGCACUCGGAGAUUGUCAAUGGGCUUACACCCAGCCACAUAAGCACUCUGGAAGGCCGUGCCGCCUCAUGUCCCGAGUCGUGCUGCAAUGUUUGAGAAGGUUACUGGUUUGCACAUUUUAUUCUUGACAGCAUAGGUUACACAAAUUGUUGCUGUUCAGACCGAACAGCCUUAUAUUAUAUACAUAUAUCUUUGAUGAUACAUUUUGCUAAUAAAGUCUUUGGUAUGUCA